GAACAGUAUGUCAAAAUAUAUAUAUGUUCCUGACCUCAGUUGGUAAUCGAUUCUUAACCAUUGGUUUCAAAACUUGUAGCAGGACUGAAGGAGAUUGCGAUAGAAUCAUAAAAAAAACAUGUUUCUCGGCCAUUCUUUAUUAAGUUAUGCAUCCAUCAUAAAUUUCUUAAACACUGUUGCGCCACCUGGACCACGUGACCCGCCAGGAGUAUUCGACAAACCACUGGAACAAUAUUAUGAUUACAUAGUAGUUGGUUCUGGUUCUGCAGGUGGAAUUAUUGCCACCCGUCUGACAGAGGAUCCUGCGGUAUCUGUACUUCUCCUAGAGGCAGGAGGAUCGGAUUUAGAGAAUGAACAAACUCAAAUUCCGUUGACAGCUGGCAAUCUUCUUCGAAGUAAAUAUGAUUGGAAUUUUAAGACCGUACCACAGAAGCACUCCCACAAGGCUCUCAAUAAUAGAGAGAACUAUUAUCCCCGUGGUAAAAUGUUAGGAGGGUCAAGCAGUAUCAACGGAAUGUUAUACAUGAGAGGGAGUCGACAUGACUAUGAUGAGUGGGAAAGACAGGGAUGCAAGGGGUGGGGAUACAGUGGGGUGUUGCCCUACUUCAAAAAGAUGGAAAAUGUUACUGUACCGGAACUGAAAGACUCACCUUACAGGAGUUCAGGCGGUCCUAUAACAAUAGCACAUGAAAAGUUAUGUGAUUUAGAAUUAUUUCAUCAGCAAGCAGCAGCUGAAAUUGGCUAUCAAACAUACGAUUGCAACGGUGGAGAUAAUCAAACAGGAUUUUGCCAAACACAAGCAAAUAUUAAGGAUGGACAACGUUGUAGCACAGCAUCCUGCUAUCUCAGACCAAACAUGCAUCGAAAAAAUUUACAGAUAAGUCUUAACAGUCACGUGACAAGGGUUCUGAUAAAAGAUAAGCGAGCAGAAGGGGUUGAACUUAUUAAAGGAACAGACAACCCAACAAAACACAAAGUCUUUGCUCGCCAUGAAGUUAUUUUGUCUGCUGGGAGUUUAUCGUCACCACAAAUUCUGCUUUUAUCAGGGAUUGGUCCAAAGAAACAGUUAGAAAAAUUAAAUAUACCUGUUCAUGCCGAUCUUCCUGUUGGAGAAUACUUAGACGAACACGCGAUGCUUUUUCUUUCAUUUUCUAUUAAUUCAACUUUAAACCUGAACAGUGAUAAAUUUUCUGAUCCAGGGACCAUUGUCGAUUAUGUGUUAAACAAGAAAGGUUACUUAAAACGGUCCAGUGUAGAUGGUAAUCUUUUUGCCAGAAUUGAGCCUCAUUCUGAACUGGAACAUCCCAAUGUACAAGCUAUAUUUGUAGACGUAGCCUUUGAGAAGCCGGGUAUUGAAAAUGGUUAUGUACCCUAUAACGACGAGGUAAAGGAAGAAUUAUUGAAAAGAACAACAACAUCUUCGUUUGAUGUGUAUGUGCACAUAUUACAUACAAGAAGUAAGGGGACCAUACAACUGGCAACUAAUAAACCUUCAGAUAGACCUAUUAUUGAUCCAAAAUGUUUUUCCAAUGAUCAUGACGUGGAAAAAAUGCUACAAGCUAUUCGUUUGACGCAAAAAAUGAUAAAUACAACAGCAUGGAGAAGUAUUGGUGCCAAAUAUAUUAGAUUAGACUUCACUGGCUAUUGUGGAGACGUUACGUACGACACCGAUGACUACUGGAAAUGCAUGAUUCGUAACUUCGCCGUUGCAGCCAAUCACCAGACGAGCACAUGCAGGAUGGGUUCACCUACAGAUCCAACUGCUGUUGUUGACCCAACGUUGAAGGUAAUCGGAAUAAGCAACUUAAGAGUAGCUGAUGCUUCCGUCAUGAGAAAUGUGCCAUCUGGUAAUACAAAUGGUCCAAGUAUGAUGAUUGGCGAAAAGGCCGCUGAUAUCAUUAAAAAGUACCGUCAAAGUGCAAACAAUGGAGGCGUUACGAAAAUAUCUUAUUAUAUGAUGAUUUUAGUAUGCAUCCAUAUUUUAAUGCGUUAGCCAAAGACGACUUUAAAAUAAUAUUCCAUAACACUUUAAUAGACAUUUUAUAAUGUCAAGUAUUCGGACUGACAUAUGUAGUUUAUGU